AUGAAUUCAUAUAAUUUUGUAAAGCUGUAUUCAUUUUUGAUAUCUCUUUGUUUAUUAAUAAUAUCAACGAAAUCACAAACAUUUAAUUACACUGAGAGCACAUCAGGCACCUUAUUCCCUAACACGCAACCUCAAAUAGUAGAUAUUGAAGCUUAUGAUGAUGGAACAACACUCGUCCAUAUUAUACGACAUGAUCCAACAAAAUCACAAGGCUAUUGUUUAGAACAGAUAUUACGUAUAAGAGUUAUUCAAUUAAAUGGAACUGUUAAUGAGAUUAAUCUCGAUUUAAAAUUAGAUCCUGUGAAUUAUUGUUUAAUUACAAAAGGCGGUAUUUUAAAAAAUCCAAUUAAAAUAUAUCCUUUACAAAAACCGUUUAUUCUGAUAAGUUAUGUACGAACUACAAAUUCAUCAAAUCUCACAACUUAUGAGGAUUGGGGGGAUGUUAUUGAUUUGAAUGGUAACAAUCUAAGUUCAAUAUUUUUUGGCCCCUCUUAUAUUGAUCCUGCCGGUUAUUGGAAUCCAGUGGGUACAAUUAAGCAAAAUAUAAACAAAAAACUUGGAUUUCUUAGAGUAGAUUCUGUAAAUCAAGGCAAUUUGCAAUUGACCAGAUGGCAACAAUAUUCAGUAGAUGAAUUUGGUAAAUUAUCACCGAUGAAAAUGACAAACGAUAAUGUUUCAAUCAGUUCGAAUGAAGUCUCUACAAUGACGAUAUUUUCAACUGUUGAUAGCGGUUAUGCUUUAGUACACGGUAGUUGUAAAAAUGAUAGUAAUGCCAAAUUAUUAGCAGUGCGUUGCACGCUAACUGCUAAUUUUAUAUCAUAUAACCAAACAUUUAAAAAUCGACAAUUUACUCUCUAUGAAUUAAGUAGUCAAAAUACAUCUUUUAAAGGAGUUUAUUGUGAUAUAGUAUCUAUUGGUGUUGGUCAUAUUUGCACAAUUUCAGUCAGCUAUCCCAACAUUACGAACAACUCAGCAGUCGAUACAGAAUUUGUAAGAGUUCAUUUCUUAUCGUCAGGAUCAGUGCUAUCAACAACUGUAAUUUCCAACCUUCCUAACCUAGCCGGUAUUCCUAAAUAUGGUUGGAGAGUGAAAACAAUGCCAUUCGGUGGAUAUAUAUUAGAUGCUACUUCAGACUCACGGAGUCCUUUUAUUACAAAUAGUUGGGGUGUAAAUACUCUUUUGUAUAAUAAUAAUUUUCUGCUUGCUUCACCUUAUACAAAUAAUAAGAAUACAUCUUGGUCAUUCACAGUUAAUUCAUCAACGACGACUAUAAGCAUCGUCUUUUACGAUCCUGUUAUGAUAUCGGACGACUUGACAGCCGGUUUUGUCACUAUUUACCAGACUUCUACUAAUAAUAUUAGACAAAAAAUUUCACCAGCAAUGAAUAAUUAUUAUCAGAUUAGUUCGGACAGAAAAACCGUUAAUUUAACAAUCAUUAGUAGUACAUUUAAUCAACACGGUGAAAAUUAUUAUAUAGAAAUGGAUAAUAAUUUCGUUAAAAGUUAUUUAUAUAAGGAGCCUCUAACAGGAAUUCAAGAUAGAAUUUGGAACCUCACUUCAAUCAUUGUAGAUAAUCCCAUCGUUGGUUCAGUCGGUCUGCAACCGGAAGAAAUAAAAAAAUUCUUGUCACUUCCUGAUCGCUCCAAAUAUUUUGAUGCAUUGUUAUCUGAUAUUGCUAGUAAAGUACCAGUGCGACGCGAACGUUUAAUAACAAACGGAAAAUUUCAGUAUAUUAAUUUUGGUCAGCCUACCGAACAAAUUAUUUUUUCUAUUCAAGUCAAUCCGUCAUAUUCAAGUGAUGAAAGUUCUGCUCAAGCUGUAGUAUCAGACUUAAAUACUAUGAUUAAUCAUAAGAGCAGUACAACAUUUUCAACUGGUUUUACAGAUGAUUUAGAUCAAUUUUAUGGCUUUCAAGUGUAUAUUGGCUUCUGGGAUAAAUACCGAGUCGAAAUUAUUGUGUCAUUUAUAGUCCUUGCACUACUCGUAUUUUCAUACAUUACGUCAUAUGACAAAAUAGAAGUCUAUUCAAAAUAUUUGAGGACUGACAAAUAUUAUGUUAGAUUAAUUCAUACAUUUUCAGGUUUAAAUGCAAUUAUAGCCAUUAUCGUUUUGACCUGUAUUGCAUGGCCUCUAAGAGAAGAUUUGAAGAAGAUAGAAAAGCAAAUUUCUGGUGGUUUUAAUGCCGAAAUUACAAAAAUUUUUAGGAGUAAAUUUAACGAAACAUUUGAAAAAGAAAAUCUUGACGAGAUAGCAGAGGACUCUAAAUUUAAAAUGCGAGAAAGUUUAAAUGAAAAUUCAAAAAGUUUUAAAAAGAUUUCUAAUAAAAUACAAGAAAAGACUGAUAACGAGGUGCAUGAGAUUUGUGACACAUUAUUUAAAAAAAUUUCUGAAUCCUGUGAAAUUCCAGAAGAAGCUAAAAUAGAAGAAUUUUACAAAGAUGUCUUAGAUGGCAAAGGUGAAAAAUCCCUGGGUGAUGUGGACAACUUGGAGAAAAAAUUUCCGACUGCUGAAGAAUUUAAUGAUAACAUUAUUAUCAUAAUACAAAAAGAAAUCUUCAUUUCUCUACUAAUGGAUGAACUUAUUGUCAUGUUGCUAGAAAACUUUUUUGAGUUGCUACAUGUUGAACUUUCUAAAAAAAUUGUAGAUGCAAUUAAUGCAAAGCAUUUCGACAAAGCAUUAAAGAAAAUCUCAAAACGUAUGUUUGAAAGAAUUUUCAGUAAAAUGAAAAAAGAAGUUGAUUUUAAAAUCAGACGAAAAUUUAAAAGUUAUUACAAAACCAAAGAAUAUUCUGAAAAGAUACAAGAUGUUUAUGAAGAGGUUCAACCAAAUUUUUCCGAGUUAUUUUAUGAGACUAACGAAAUUUCUGAUCUGAUUAAAAGGUUUCUUGAUGAAAUACAAAAAGUAGAAAAUCUUAACAUACUAAUCCCCAAAAUUUUUGAUCAAAUGAAAGAUAAAUUUUAUGAAGAUGUAAAAAUAAUCAGCGAUAAUGUACAGAAUGAAAUUUUAAACGAUAAUUCAAAUAAAGCACAAUUAUUAUCAAGAAAAUCAACAUCACAAAGAUUAUCAAGAGCACCAACAUCACCAAGAACACCGACUUAUGUUUCUAAGAAUGAUAAUUCAGACAAAUCAGAGGAAGAAGAGUCUAAUAAAUUAUUGGAUAUUUGCAAAGAUUUGUUAAAGAAAGAGGAUGAAAAUCAUACAAUGAAGAGCGCGUUGAUUUUUUUCAUAAUAGUUGAUAGUGAAUCCUUAGUAAUUUUAGAAAACGCACUAGAAAAGUAUUUUGCUAUUCUGGAUAAUAGGGCACUAGAAUUUAACUUAAGUGUUUUUGCUCGACACUUCAAAAUUAUUGCUCAAAUUAGAGCAAUUGCAGAGAUUUUUAUUAAAAAGAUUCCACUUAUCAUCAUUAUGGUAUGUUAA